AUGGGCUCCCUCUUCCGCAGCGAGGCCAUGUGCCUGGCGCAGCUCUUCCUGCAGGCCGGCUCGGCCUACGAGUGCCUCAGCGCCCUGGGCGAGCGCGGCCUGGCCCACUUCAGAGACCUCAACUCAAAUACAAGUUUGUUCCAGCGGAAAUAUGUGGGUGAAGUGAAGAAAUGUGAAGAAAUGGAAAGAAUAUUGGGAUACCUAGUGCAGGAAAUAAAGAAAGCAGACAUCCCCCUUCCGGAAGGAAAUAUCACUCCUUCUGCUCCUCCACUUAAACAGAUGUUGGAAAUCCAGGAACAACUACAGAAGCUGGAGGUGGAGUUGAGAGAGGUGACCAAAAACAAGGAGAAGUUGAGAAAAAACCUUUUGGAGUUGACAGAAUACACCCACCUGCUGAAGGUCACGCAGUCCUUCGCCCAAAGAGCUACUGGGCUCGAGUCCUGCGUACAGAGCAGUUACGAAGAAUUCCUGUCUUUCGAUCAUGAUCCUUUGGUUGAGUACAAUUGCAUGCACAGACUUGAGGCCAAACUUGGAUUUAUCUCCGGCUUAGUUCACCGAGCCAAAAUUGAAGCAUUUGAAAAAAUGCUGUGGCGGGUGUGCAGAGGAAAUACAAUUGUUUCUUACUCUGAAGUGGAAGAAUGCUUGGAAGAUCCUGAUUCCGGAGAGCUGACCAAGUGGUUUGUGUUCUUGAUAUCCUAUUGGGGUGAACAAAUUGGCCAAAAGAUUAAGAAAAUAUGCGACUGCUACCACUGUCACAUCUACCCGUAUCCCAACACUCCGGAGGAACGGCGGGCGGUGAUGGAAGGCCUCCAGGUUCGCAUCCAGGACCUUCACAUUGUGUUGCACAAAACCGAAGAUUAUUUACGACAAGUCUUGUGCAAAGCUUCUGAGUCCAUCUACACCUGGGAUGUUCAGGUGAAAAAGAUGAAAGCCAUUUAUCACGUGCUGAAUCUCUGCAGCUUUGACGUCACCAACAAAUGCCUCAUUGCUGAGGUCUGGUGCUCCCUGGCGGAUCUGCCCAACAUGCGUCGCGCCCUGGAUGAAGGAUCCAGAGAGAGCGGCGCUUCCGUCCCUUCCUUCAUGAACACCAUUCCGACAACAGAAACGCCUCCGACUUUGAUCCGGACCAACAAAUUCACCGCGGGAUUCCAGGACAUCGUCGAUGUGUACGGGAUUGGCAGCUACAGGGAAGUCAAUCCUGCUCUGUUCACCAUCGUCACCUUCCCCUUCUUGUUCGCCGUGAUGUUCGGAGACUGCGGACACGGCUUCCUGAUGUUCCUCUUUGCGCUCUUCAUGGUUUUGUUUGAAAAACACCCCAAACUGAUGAAAUCCCAAGACGAGAUCAUGAAGAUGGUUUUUCAAGGACGAUACAUCAUCCUGCUGAUGGGAUUGUUCUCCAUCUAUACCGGCCUGAUCUACAAUGACUGUUUCUCUAAAUCUUUGGUCAUCUUCAGCUCGGGAUGGCAUGUUUCACAAAUGCCUGGGAUGGACUGGAGCAAGGCAGACUCGACAAAUCCGUCUGUGACUCUGAAUCCAAAUGCGACUGGCGUCUUCACCGGUCCUUACCCUUUCGGCAUAGAUCCGAUGUGGAGCCUGGCGAGCAAUCGCCUCCCCUUCCUCAAUUCCUUCAAAAUGAAAAUGUCGAUCAUUAUUGGGAUGGUGCACAUGGUCUUCGGGAUUGCCCUGGGGGGCUUUAACUACGUGCAUUUCAGGAAGACGUACAAUAUUUACUUGGUGAUCAUUCCUCAACUUCUGUUCAUUCUGUCCAUUUUUGGAUACCUGGUGUUCAUGAUCGUCUUUAAAUGGCUGGCUUACGGCCCUGAAAAUUCCAGUUCUGCUCCCAGUAUCCUGCUUCAGUUUAUCGGCAUGUUUCUGUUCCACGAUAACAAGAAGCAAAUCUUUUUCUCCGGGCAGAUGAUCCUUCAGAAAUUCCUGAUAGUCCUGGCUGUACUUUCUGUUCUCGUUCUGUUUUUUGGAAAGCCGCUUUAUUUGUACUGGUUGAACAAUGGCAGACAAAGCUUUGGGUCCUACAGAAAAGGUUAUCGCUUGGUACGGAAGGAAAGCGAAGAAGAGAUUGCUCUCUUGGCAACUUGUGAGAUGGAAGAGGGAACCAGCCCUUUGAACAACAGGCAUAAGACCGAAGAGAAGGAAGAGUUUAGCCUUUCAGCGGUGUUCAUGGAGCAGGCCAUCCACAGCAUUGAAUAUUGUCUAGGAUGCAUCUCCAACACCGCUUCCUACCUGAGGCUCUGGGCACUCAGUUUAGCCCACGCCCAGUUAUCCGAAGUGCUUUGGGCAAUGGUCAUGAAACUGGGUCUUCACAUGGAUGCAGCCUACGGGAUCUUGCUCUUGGUCCCCCUUUCGGCCUUAUUCAUGAUCCUCACAGUAUUCAUUCUCCUGGUCAUGGAGGGCCUCUCCGCUUUCCUGCAUGCCGUACGGCUCCAUUGGGUGGAAUUUCAGAACAAAUUCUACACGGGCGAUGGAUACAAGUUCACCCCUUUUUCCUUUCAAGACAUUUCUUUACAUUUUGAUAGAUACAUCUCAUAGUCUGGCUGUUUUUGGCUGUAAAUAAUCAUGUACGCUGACGUCAUCCUUGUUCGACUCCCUGUAGCAAAGGCCCUCACUGAUUUUUGCCUUAAAAUGCAGCCAAAUAAUUUUAUAACGACCCUUAAUCGCCUCUGACUCGGACUUUGAAAACGUGGGACCCUUUGCAAGCAGGCCUUGUCUUCCUUCCGUAAGCACCUUUAGGUUAAUUUUGAAACUGACCUGAAAUAUUCAGUUGCUGCUUCUGAACAUGCUGUAGCCGUUUUCUAAGCAAAACCUUUCAAGGGUAGUUUUUUGCAUAGUUGUUUUGGAGAAAGACCCUUUGAAAGUUUUUUUUUAAGGGAGCAUUAAUCAGCCAUCAAGGCAUUUGGGAUCACUCCUCUGAUUAAUUCCUCUGAUCCUUGUCACGAAUAUUUCUGGAACUUGAUAACAGCCACUGGGAAUAAAACUCUAUUCUUCUGUAUUUUUUGGAAAA